AUGUCAUACGCUCCAAGGCCCGGUUCAGGUGCCAUGAACCGACCAUCAUCCUCGCAAUCUACACAGGCUUCCCUCCUCGCGACCCGCAUUCAAGAGAAGAAAGCCGAACUCGAAUCCCUCAAACAACUUCGCGAUCUAUCAGCUGGUCUAGCUGGCCAAAUGCAGCAGUUGGAGGAUAAGUUGGGAACGCUGAGUGACGGGACGGAGGCUGUGGCGGCGGUUAUGGGGAAUUGGAAUACUGUCUUGAGAGCGGUUUACAUGGCUAGUGCAAGCAUACCGAAGCCGAGCGAGCAGAAGGGCCAAGCAGAAGAGCCUACAUUGCCGCAGACUUUGGUGCGGAUACCGAUCCAGCAGGCUGAAGCUGCGCAAAGGGAGAUGGAGGGCAAGGAGGCUGCUUCUGGUGGAGGCUGA